AUCUGUGUUGUGAGGAGAAUGUAAUGUGUAUUAUGUUUCGAAUGCAUGUUUCCUCCAUGUUUACAUAUUCAAUUUCUGUACAUUUGUGUCUCUUAGAAUGAUGGAAGAUUUCUCAAAUGAAGAAAUGCCUCGGAAUCAGCCUUCUGUGAGGCAUUGGCUGCGAUACAUUGAACACAAGAAGGGGAGUCCUGAACACACUGUUAAUGUUAUCUUUGAAAGAGCCCUAAAGGAGUUACCAGGAAGCUAUAAAUUGUGGUACAGUUAUCUCACGCUUCGAAGGAGACAAAUCAAGGGACGCUGCAUUACGGAUCCCUCAUAUGAAGAUGUAAAUAAUGCAUUUGAGAGGUCAUUGGUUUUCAUGCAUAAGAUGCCAAGAAUUUGGCUUGACUAUUGUCAGUUUCUGAUAGAUCAGUGCCUUAUAACGAGAACACGACAUGUGUUUGAUCGUGCGCUUCGUGCUCUGCCCAUUACUCAGCAUCAUCGUGUCUGGCCUCUCUAUCUGAAAUUUGUGAAAAUGCAUAACAUUCCUGAAACAGCUGUUAGAGUUUUUAGAAGGUAUCUUAAGUUAUAUCCGGAAGAUGCAGAAGAUUAUAUCGAAUAUUUGAUAUCAAUAGGACGAUUGGAUGAAGCAGCAAUGAAACUAGCCUACAUUGUGAACAAAGAAGAUUUUGUGUCAAAGCAUGGCAAGUCAAAUCAUCAGUUGUGGAAUGAACUUUGUGAGCUAAUUUCAAAGAAUCCUGGUAAAGUAAGAUCUCUGAAUGUUGAUACAAUUAUUCGGGGAGGACUCAGAAGAUACCCAGAUCAAGUGGGUCAUCUAUGGAACUCAUUGGCAGAUUACUACGUUCGCAGUGGUCUCUUUGAGAAGGCCCGAGACAUUUAUGAAGAAGCAAUUCAAACUGUGACCACAGUGAGAGAUUUCACUCAAGUGUUUGAUGCUUAUGCACAGUUUGAAGAAUUAAGUUUGAGUAAGAGAAUGGAGGAAGCGGCAGGAAAUUUGAAUCCUACGGAAGAAGACGACAUUGACCUGGAAUUGCGACUAGCUCGAUUUGAGUACCUGAUGGAACGAAGGCUCCUGCUUCUGAACUCGGUCCUGCUACGACAGAACCCACAUAACGUGCAAGAGUGGCGCAAGAGGGUCUUACUGUAUGAAGGAAAACCCCAUGAGAUUAUCAACACAUACACAGAAGCAGUUCAGACUGUAGAUCCAAAGCUUGCAGUUGGGAAACUCCACACCCUUUGGGUAGCAUUUGCAAAAUUUUAUGAAGAGAACAGGCAAAUUGAUGAUGCUCGUGUGGUUUUUGAAAAUGCCACCCAUGUCCCUUACAACAAAGUUGAUGAUUUGGCAUCUGUCUGGUGUGAAUGGGCUGAGAUGGAGAUUCGGCAUGAGUAUGUUUUACUGCUUAUGUCCUUAUAUUUACAAAUUCUAAUGUAUCUGGUCACCGGUCACAGUAGCCAAGCAAUUAUCAACACAUACACAGAAGCAGUUCAGACUGUAGAUCCAAAGCUUGCAGUUGGGAAACUCCACACCCUUUGGGUAGCAUUUGCAAAAUUUUAUGAAGAGAACAGGCAAAUUGAUGAUGCUCGUGUGGUUUUUGAAAAUGCCACCCAUGUCCCUUACAACAAAGUUGAUGAUUUGGCAUCUGUCUGGUGUGAAUGGGCUGAGAUGGAGAUUCGGCAUGAUAUUAUGUUGCAGGCAUAUGAGAAAGGAAUAGCAUUGUUUAAAUGGCCGAAUGUUUAUGAUAUAUGGAACACAUACCUGACAAAGUUCCUGAAACGUUAUGGCGGAACAAAGCUUGAAAGAGCAAGAGAUCUCUUUGAGCAGUGUCUAGAGAACUGUCCACCAAAAUUUGCAAAGGCACUGUACUUGCUAUAUGCAAAACUGGAAGAGGAACACGGAAUGGCAAGACAUGCUAUGGCUGUUUAUGAGAGAGCAACAAAAGCAGUGUUGCCAGAAGAGAUGUUUCAGCUGUUUAAUAUUUACAUUAAAAAAGCUGCAGAAAUUUACGGAGUCCCUAAGACACGGCAGAUAUAUGAGAAGGCGAUUGAAGUUCUUACAGAGGAAAAUGCACGGGAAAUGUGUUUGAGGUUUGCAGAGAUGGAGACGAAACUUGGUGAAAUUGACAGAGCCCGGGCCAUCUACACCCACUGUAGUCAGAUGUGUGAUCCAAGGGUGACAGCAGAGUUCUGGCAGACAUGGAUGGACUUCGAAGUGCGUCAUGGGAAUGAAGACACAAUGAGAGAGAUGUUGAGGAUUAAACGAAGUGUGCAAGCUACAUAUAACACUCAGGUGAACAUGAUGUCUGCACAAAUGUUGUCUGCAGCCAGCAAUGUAUCAGGAACUGUUGCAGAUCUUGCACCAGGAGCUAAGGAUGGUAUGAGAAUGCUGGAAGCUAAAGCUGCACAAAUGGCACAUCUGGAGAGACCUGCUCAGCAGCAACCUAAAGGUGGCAACAUAUUGUUUGUGCGUGGAGAGACGCAGGGUCAGGACAGAGAUGGAACUGACACAACUCAAGUCAUCAAUCCUGAUGAGAUCAACAUUGACUGUGAUGAAGAGGAUGAAGAUGAAGAUGAUGAUAAUUUUCCAGUACAAAAACAGCCAAUUCCCCAGGAAGUAUUUGGAAGUCUGAAGAAACCACAUGAAGAUGAUGAUGAUGAUGAUGAUGAUGAUUGAAAUUGGCACCAUGUGUCGCUUGACUCUCAAAUAAAUACAGACAGGGGAAGAAUGUUCAUAUACUAAAUGGGUUGUUAAUGUGUUACAGUAUAAUUUCAUAUACUGCUGAGUUUCAUACAUAUUUUAAUGUUAACUUAUUUUCAUACAUUAGAAAAAUCUCUGAAACUGAGCAAAUGACAGUAAUUGUCACCAAAAGAGUAUGGUGAUCAGUAAUGUUAAACAGUUUCAGUCAUGUGACAUUUUAUAGUGGCAGUUGCUAAUCUGCAAGUGUAAACGUGUUUUGUGUAACUGAAAUAUAAAAGACACUGAACCAGUGACAUGACAGCGCCUUCUGAUAUUCCAUACCCUUCACAAGUCAUAAACUGUUUUCUUGUAUUCCAGCAGCAUCAUCAUCUUCAGGAGUUUUGCAUGAAUAUUAUUCAGAAUUUAUGGACUGAACAAUAUAAGAAAGGUCCCUUCUAUAUGAUACCUCUUGCUGCUGUAAUGAAAUGUAAUGAGUUGGACACUGUAUUUGUAACAUUUGAUGACAGUUGAGCCUGUGAUGUUAUUGACGUUACAUCCUUUUGGAUUCCACCAAACAUUAUGAGUUCUCCUUUGCCUGCAA